GAAUGUGCCCGAGUACAUGUGUACGUGACGUGACGUAGGUACCUCAAGGUAAUUUAAUAGUGCGUACCUCUAACGUUCUGUCGAUUCGCUGCCUCUUCACCUCUUCACCAUCCCUUAUCCCUCCCAGCUCAACCAACAUCCAGCCGGUCGGGCACUCGUCUCGCCACGGCACGGCGCCGCCGAGUAGGUAAUUAUCGUCCCUCGCCCCCUUGUGUGAUUCCGGCGUCGUUACGGCAAGGCCUGCCAAGCUAGGCACGUUCCUCUCACAUCGGUCGGCCUCAAAUCACACCCGUCAUGCCGUCGAUCGAGGAAGCCGGAGUCCCCAAGCUGCCGAUUGUGGUCGAGUUCACAGGCGGCCUCGAAAUGUUAUUCUCGGAUCAACGACGCCACUCAGUGGCCCUACCCGCUACAAAUAAGGAAGGAAAGCCGGCAACUAUCGCUAACUUGAUCGAGUAUCUGUGUGAUAAUGCGAUGAAGGAUGCCGGAAAGGAGCUGUUUGUGCUCGAUGAUCGCCUACGGCCUGGAAUCCUGGUCCUGGUCAACGACGCCGACUGGGAGCUCGAGGGCGAAGAGGCGUAUGAGCUCCAAGCAGGAGACAACAUCCUAUUUGUCUCUACCCUCCACGGGGGGUGAGUGAGUUGUUCUUUGCGAGCAGGAGAGGGCGAGAGAGGUGCCCA